AGCCAUUUUGGCUCAAGCCGCGCCGGCCGAUGCCGCUGGCUGCACCCCCCCCCCGCGGACUGACCGCUGCCCUGGCCCUGGCCUGGCGCUGAGCUGGGGAGGCUUCUGCUCGGAUGGGCUCCCCGCUGGUGGGGCGGCUGAAGACGCAGCUCAGCCGCCUCGCCGGGGACCCAGAGGGGCUGUACGUCACCGCCGAGAAUCUCAAGCGCCUCCUCCGGCAGCUGGACCCGAGCUCGGCGAUCAUCUCGGACGAGGGCCUCAACGUCUUCGUGUCCGUGACCCCUAAGGGGUCAAACGGCCAGAUCUCCGUUGACACAUUCGUCGACUGGCUCUACGAAGACUCGGACUUCGGCUUGCCAGAAAUGCAGGAGAAGAACCCGUCGACGAUCGCCGUGUUUUGGAGCAAUCACCAGACUCCGACGGUCUCGGGAGCUCGCCGCGCGUGGCUGGCGCGGCUGCUGUCCACGGACCCCGAGGCGAUCGACGAGGAAGCCAUGAACAUCAAGGCUUCCAUGCCGCCUUUCAACAACAGCAAGAAGAUGGAGCUGCCGAAGUCACUUCUGUCUAUCAACGUGCCAGUCUACGGACCAAACAUCCCGAACUCGGUGAUGAAGAUCUUCCAGCCUGCCGAUAUGAGAGCUCUUGCACAGAGGCUUUCGUGCAGAAUACCUUCUUAUGUUCUCAACCGCGUAGUCCAGAGCAAGAUGCCCAAAGUCGUCGACCUUGUCAAUGCCGCGCGCAGCAUAGACGACAUCGCCCAGAGGAACGGGGCCGCCAUAGACAAGCUAGAGAGUUUCGUGAAAGGUCUGCUGGAUCUCAAGCCGGCGGAUGUUCCAGAUCAUGGUGCCUGGACAGCCUUCGUGAACAGGUACGCGGGCGACGGAUGGGCGCACAAGCUGCACUUUGACCACCUUCUCGACAACUUCGGAUUCGACAAGGAGGCAUCGGACGUGCUCCGCAAGAUAGAGACCAAGAACUCGGACGGUGAAACCGUAACCCUAGAGCAUCACGCCUUCCGCUGGCUUAGCAAGGCGUUCGCGGCUUACGGCGUCGAGGGUUGCAUGACGGACGUCGUCAAUCUGAUCUUCGCAAUGAUGGGUAUCAUUCCUAAAGAUCUGGACGAAGGCAAGAUCGCCGAGUAUAUUGAUUAUUUCAGAGAUGACAAAUUGCGGAAGAAGGAUUUCUCUGAGCUCUGGGUUCCGAACUAUUUUGUGAUGGACGCAGAGGUCGAUGAUUCCCUGACUAUGGUUAUCUUGUCGUACGUGCAUGAAGCGCGUGGUACCACGCUUCAGACGUUUGUCCAGCUGCCCAGCGAUGAGUCCAUUAACGAGGCCGCGGCGACGCUCGAGAAGCUCAGCGACGUCUACGUCUACCGUGAUCCAGAGGCCAGGAAUCAGAAGGCCGUGCUGCAGAAUUUUGGGAUGCAUCCCUGAGGCACCAUGCCUGCACGGUGUGUUCUGGAACUGCUCCCGUAACUUGCCACAGCGCAUGGCCCUUUCCCCCUCCUCACCUCUCCCAGACCUCCUCCUGCUCACGUCUCCCCUCGCUCGUUUCCGAGAGACUUGCUCAUCUGCCGCGGUUGCUCGCGGGGCCUGCCUGCGUACGUCUCGCCGUGCUGCGCCCUCGGCCGCUGCCCUCCCUCCGGCGCGUGUGCUCGCGGCCUCGAUGCCGUCGGGCUGGAAGUCGCCUGUGGGCUAGUGGCCGGCGUCGCCCCAGCAUGCUGAUGCCGUGCGUGCGUCGCCCCCGUUGGGGCGACGCGCGCACCGAAAAGUCCUAUAGCCCAUGCAUCGCAGCGGGCGCUUGCUGGCCACACCGCGCGGGAAGCGACAUGCUACGAUGUGGGCAGAUUGGAUGGCUCGCGCUGGCAGGACCUGGCCGACUUCGCACGCGAACCUGUGGAGGGGCCCACAAAUAGACACCACCACCACCACCUCCCUCAACCCCCUCCCUCUCCCAGGAAUGAGGGGUGGAAGGGGGGUGUGGAGAGUGGAGGCAUCGGCGUGGUGGUGGUGGUGGUGCAUCUUCUGUGGGUCCCCAGGCCUGCGCGCGCGAGGAGGCGCGACGGAACUGCGACUGCCAGGCAGGCGCGGUGCCUCGGGGGCCCGCCCGUGGCGCCCUCUCUGCUCCAGCGUGGCGCGACGGACACCCCCCCCCCAAAAAAAAGAGGCCUCCUAAGUGGGCCC